AGUUCUUUUAGAUUUUACUAAGAAGUCAGCUAACACUUUUCAACAUUCCCUUCUCUUCUUUGUUUUUAAAGAAAGUUCUGGUUUUGUUUCACUUUCAUCGGGAGACUUAAAUGACACCAAGCAAAGCUACUUAGUUUAGAUUUCCAGAAGUUCUUGGUGGAAAAAAAAAAUCAAGCAUGAAGCUAGCAGUGUUGUUUUGUUUCAUUCUGCUUAUUGUUCUUCAAACUGAUUGUGAACGAGGUACUAGGAGGCAAAGGAGAAGGAUGCAUCAGAGAAGACUCAGGAAAAGCUCUUCAUUCCACCUCAGAGCCAACAGGCAGCUUGAAGUUCAGCAAACCACUGCUGCUCCAGAUGCUAGACUACCCACUGCCAACUCUGAUUACAGUGUGGAAGAAAACAUAGAAUCGCUUCUAAGUAAUCUUGGAGUAGAAUCAAGUUACAGUGUUUUACCAGGAAAGAAAGGAUACUGCUUUGUAAAGGGCAUGAUCAUGUACAACAAAGCUGUCUGGUCUCCUGAGCCCUGCACCACCUGCCUCUGCUCAAAUGGAAGAGUGCUUUGUGAUGAAACCGAGUGCCACCCCAAGGCGUGCCCCUAUACCAUUAAACCGGAAGGAGAGUGCUGCCCCAUCUGCUCUGAUGCUGAACAAGAAUCCAUUAACAAACUUCACAAGCAAGUGCCACCUCCUCAGAUGGAAAUGGACCAAGUAGCCAUAAAAGAAGCUCUUCAAUCUGAGGAGGAUGAAGAGAUAGCUGAAGGACACAAGGAGCACAAGAAAGAGACCUCAGUGCCUACUAAGAUCCAUGGCGAUGGGGAAAGAACUGAGAGAAAACUGAGGCCGGAGAAAGAAGGGAGGUCAGCACAUCAACCACUCUACCAUGGAAGAAGGGAGGAAGAGGAGAGCAAGGAGGAGACUGAGAGGGAAGGAGAGGAGGAAGAGGAGGAGGAGGAAGAAGAAGAAGAGGAUGCUAUAAGAGGAGAUGUGUUCAGAAUGUCCUCCCGGGUAAUUCCUGGAACCCCAAGAGGCAGGCCACGUCUGCCCAGAAGCUGUUCCCUGUCCUACAGGACUAUCAGCUGCGUUCAUGCAGACUUCACUGAGAUCCCACCAAUAACAGCACCAGAAGUAACGAACCUGGAGUUGGUUGGGAAUUCGAUCAUCUCCAUUCCGGAUGAAGCAUUUAAUGGAUUACCAAAUUUGGAAAGACUUGAUCUGAGCAGAAAUAAUAUCACUUCUUCGGGCAUAGGUCCAAAAGCAUUCAAGUCUUUGAAGAAGUUAAUGCGUCUGAACAUGGAUGGAAAUAAUUUGGUACAUAUUCCUUCAGACUUACCAUCUACACUAGAAGAACUUAAAAUAAAUGACAACAAUCUCCAGGCUAUCGAUGAGAAAAGUUUAUCAGACUUAAAUCAACUUGUCACUUUAGAAUUGGAAGGAAACAAUCUCAGUGAAAUCAAUGUCGACCCUCUAGCUUUCCAAUCUUUGGAAAGUCUAUCGUAUCUACGUCUGGGAAGAAACAAAUUUAGAAUCAUACCACAAGGUCUUCCUGCUUCUACUGAGGAGUUAUACCUAGAAAAUAAUCAAAUUGAAGAAAUAACUGAAAUUUGUUUCAAUCAUACCAGAAAGAUAACUAUGAUCAUUCUACGUUACAAUAAAAUAGAAGAAAGUCGGAUUGCUCCUUUAGCAUGGAUAAAUCAAGAAAAUCUUGAAUCUAUUGACCUGUCCUAUAACAAGCUCUACCACGUCCCCUCCUACCUACCCAAAUCUCUUCUGCACCUUGUCCUAAUUGGGAACCAAAUCGAUCGGAUCCCUGGCUAUGUGUUUGGCCACAUGCAACCAGGCCUGGAGUACUUGUACCUGUCAUUUAACAGACUUUCUGAUGAUGGUGUGGACCUAGUCUCGUUCUAUGGAGCAUAUCAUUCUCUGAGAGAAUUAUUUCUGGAUCACAAUGACUUCAAAUCUAUACCACCUGGAAUACAAGACAUGAAAGCACUGCAUUUUCUGAGGCUGAACAACAAUAAGAUUCGGAAUAUUCAUCCUGAGCAAAUCUGCAAUGCUGAAGAGGAUGAGGACUCAGCUCUCGAGCAUCUUCAUCUUGAAAACAAUUAUAUUAGAACUAGAGAGAUAUCAUCCUAUGCAUUUUCAUGCAUAAGACUGUAUUCAAGUAUUGUUCUUAAACCACAACACAUCAAGUGAUUUCAAGCUUCCUUCUGCCAUUAUUGUUUUUUGUUUGUUUGUUUUCUGAGACAGGGUUUCUCUGUGUAGCUCUGGCUGUCCUGGAACUCACUUUGUAGACCAGACUGGCCUCGAACUCAGAAAUCCACCUGUUUUUGCCUCCCAAGUGCUAGGAUUAAAGGCGUGCGCCACCACCGCCCGGCACCUUCUGCCAUUUAUAAAUUUUACUGAAGCAUUAACAAAAUUACGUCUCUUUUAUUGUGUGUGUGUGUUUCUGUAUGUGUUUGUGCACAUGAGUUCUGUGCUCUCAGUAACCAGAAGAAGGUGUUGGUUGCCCUGGAGCUGGAGUUACAAGUGGUUCUGAGCCAGUUGAUAAGUGUGCUGUAAAAUGAACUUGGGUAUGUGGUAAGAGCAGUACAUGUUCUUAACUGCUUGAUCCAUGUCUCCAGUCUCCAAAACACCAUUCUAAUGCUAAUUUCUUGGUUUAAAUAAUUUUACAGUGGUUACAUAUACACACUGGUAAUGGUAAGGAAAGCUAGCAGAAGGGCAUACAAAAAUUCUACACUAUAAGUCUAGAAUUAGUUUUCAAAGUUAAAAUAAAGCCAUUUCAAGACUGCUUUCAUUCUGCAGCAAGAUAAAAAAAUUAGAAAAAGUAAACUGAGCAUGGUGGCACAUGCCUUUAACCCCAGCGCUGUGAGACAGAGGCCAAAGGAUCUCAGUGAGUAUGAGGCCAGCCGGGUCUAUAUAGUGAGAUCCAGGACAGCCUGAACUAUGUAAAGACCCUAUCUCAAAAAAAGACUACAAAAUGUAAGCACUCUUCUAAAAAUACAAAUUACUGUUAAUUAUAAGCUGACAUAAAUGUAAAUACAACUCAUUCCUACACUAGUUAUAUAGUUAGCAACCAUCUCUUUUGCCAGUUACUAAAAUAUACUUUUUAUCAGUUUAAUGAACAAAGUAGCACUCAUUACACACUGACUUGUAAUGAUUUCUUUUAAUGUAAACCUGAUCGAUCGAUCGAUCGAUCGAUCUAUCUAUCUAUCUAUCUAUCUAUCUAUCUACCUACCUACCUACCUACCUACCUACCUACCUACCUGUCUGUCUAUGAUCUAGCUAUUAAGAGAGACUCUUACUGUAUAGCUCUGGCUGGCCUGGCACUUAACCAGGUGCAAGGAUUAAAGGCAUGUGCAAUCUUUGAUCUCUGUAUUUAUACAAAAUUUUAUAUAAUAUAUAUAGAAACUCUGUUGAUUUCUUUUAUUAACUCUUAAAUUAUUGUUCUGAAGAAAUACUAGUGUCAUGACUUAAGCUCUAGCUUUGGGAUCUACCUUAGUUUCUUUUCCUGUUACUGUGAUAAAAAUACCUCAAUAAAAGCUAACUCAAAGAA